CGGCGGCCCGGGAGGCUCACAGUAAAGGUGCUAAGAAAGAGAAUGUAAGACAGGAAGAUAAUUAAAUAUUUUUACUGAGUCUCUUCGGCAGGCCACCUUUAAGAGAGGUCUCGGACGCCCGUCGCCAGUGACUGGAGCACAAUGGAUCCCCCAGGGCCACUAGACGCUGAGGAUGAGCUGGGGCCAUUAGCCCAUCUUGCCCCAAGUCCUCAAAGUGAAGCUGUUGCCCACGAAUUCCAGGAGCUGUCCUUGCAGCCCAGCCAGCACCUGCCCCCUCUGAAUGAGAGGAAGAACGUGCUCCAGCUGAGACUGCAGCAAAGGAGGACAAGGGAGCAACUGGUGGACCAGGGCAUCAUGCCACCUUUGAAGAGCCCAGCUGCAUUCCAUGAGCAGAUAAAAAGCUUGGAACGAGCCAGAACUGAAAACUUUUUGAAGCAUAAGAUUCGGAGCCGACCAGAUCGUUCUGAACUUGUCAGGAUGCAUAUUUUGGAAGAGACAUUUGCAGAGCCGUCCUUGCAGGCCACUCAGAUGAAGCUGAAAAGAGCUCGACUAGCUGAUGAUCUGAAUGAAAAGAUUGCUCAAAGACCUGGUCCUAUGGAGCUGGUAGAGAAAAACAUCCUUCCCGUAGACUCCAGUGUUAAGGAAGCAAUUAUAGGCGUUGGGAAGGAGGACUAUCCUCAGACUCAGGGCGAUUUCUCAUUUGACGAAGACAGCAGUGAUGCCUUGUCUCCAGACCAGCCAGCCAGCCAGGAGUCACAGGGGUCAGCCGCGUCCCCAAGUGAGCCAAAAGUUAGCGAAUCUCCGUCUCCUGUGACUACAAACACUCCAGCCCAGUUUACUUCAGUGUCCCCAGCAGUUCCUGAAUUCUUGAAAACUCCUACUGCGGAUCAGCCCCCCACCAGGUCCACAGCUCCUGUCAUCCCCACGAACACUGUGUCCUCAGCAAAGCCUGUGCCAGCGCUGGUAAAGCAAAGCCAUCCCAAGAAUCCCAACGACAAACACCGCAGCAAGAAGUGCAAAGACCCCAAGCCCCGGGUAAAGAAGCUGAAGUACCACCAGUACAUCCCCCCCGAUCAGAAAGGGGAGAAGAACGAGCCGCAGAUGGACUCCAACUACGCCCGGCUGCUUCAGCAGCAGCAGCUCUUCCUGCAGCUGCAGAUCCUGAGCCAACAGCAACAGCACUACAACUACCAGACCAUCCUGCCGGCGCCACUCAAGCCACUCAACGACAAAAAUAACAACAGUGGGAAUUCGGCUCUGAACAAUACCACACCUAACCCUCCAAGACAGAAUACAUCUGCUCCUGUGAGAAAGCCGGGACCUCUGCCUUCUAGCUUGGAUGACUUAAAGGUUUCGGAACUGAAGACAGAACUGAAGCUAAGGGGUCUUCCGGUGUCAGGCACCAAACCGGACCUCAUCGAGCGCCUGAAACCCUACCAGGAAAUGAACAGCAGCGGCGUCGCGGCGGGGGGUGUCCUGGCGGUCCCCGCGUCCGCCAUAGUCACCAGUAGCCCCGACGUCACCGUGGCCCUGCCCGUCACAACACUGCACAACCCCGUGACGAGCUCAGGCUCCUCCUUCAAGGCAGAAGUGCCGCCGGCCGGCACCGGCACCGUUGCCCACGCCGAGACCGUCAGCUCCCCUCUGCCCAUCUCGCCGUCCCCCUCCGAACAGUCCAGUCUCGGGACCGAGGACACUCUCACCGAGAUUAUGACCAUGAUGUCGCCGGCGCAGUUCCUGUGCUCGUCCCCUCUGCGAGUCACGGGCCCCGACGACAGCCCAAGCCCCACCAGCAGCACGCUGUCGAGUCUGGAACUGGACGCGGCUGAGAAGGACCGCAAGCUGCAGGAGAAGGAGAAGCAGAUCGAGGAGCUCAAGAGGAAACUGGAACAAGAGCAGAAGCUCGUGGAGGUUCUGAAAAUGCAGCUCGAGGUGGAGAAGCGAGGGCAGCGGCAGCCUCCGCCGAUGGAGACGCAGGUCGGCGCCGUGGCCGGCCCGGCAGCCAAGUUAGACCAGAAGCUCGGCGGCGGCUCCGUCAAGGACGAGACCUUGCCCAGCGACUGCUCCGCCCCCAGGCAGCCGGGCCCGCCGGCCGGCCAGCCCCUGGCGACGGGGGGCCAGGCCCUGGCGGCCAAAAAGGCGGUGGUGAUCAAGCAGGAGGUCCCCGGGGCGCAGGCGGAGCCGCAGAGUGUGGUGCCGCAGUUUUACGUGAGUUCGCAGGGACAGCCACCGCCUGCCCUUGUCGCUCGGCCUCAGGCUUUACUGACCACGCAGACGGCCCAGCUGCUGCUGCCGCUGUCCAUCCCGGGCUCCAGUGUCACCUCAGUGCAGCUCCCCGUAGGCAGCCUCAAACUCCAGACUCCAGCACAAGCAGGAAUCCAGACUCAGCCUCAGACAGCAACUGCCACCCUGUCCUCAGGCUUAGCCCAGACUGUACCUCAGAAGCAAGACACUUUCACGCCGCAUGUACUCAGUCAGCCUCAGCAAGUUAGAAAGGUCUUCACAACCUCGGCAUCGAACACCGUUCUCCCCUACCCGAGAGCACCCGCUCCAGCAGUCCAGCAGCCCUUUGUCAGUAAGACGCCCACCAGCGUUCUGCAGUCCAGAAGUGCCCCACGUGCCUCCCUGCAGAACGGACCUACCACUUCCAGUAAGCCUGGCUCGCCCCCACCACCCCAGCAGUGUGUCGUCCAGCACUCCCUGUUUGGGAGCCCGGUCCCCAAGACGAAAGACCCUCCCCGCUACGAGGAGGCCAUCAAGCAGACGCGCAGCGCCCAGUCCUCCCUUCCAGAGAUUUCCAAUGCACACAGCCAGCAGAUGGACGACCUCUUUGAUAUCCUCAUUAAGAGUGGAGAGAUUUCCCUCCCUAUCAAAGAGGAGCCUUCGCCUAUUUCCAAAAUGAGACCAGUGACAGCCAGCAUCACCACAAUGCCAGUCAACACAGUGGUGUCCCGGCCACCACCCCAAGUCCAGAUGGCACCACCCAUCUCCUUAGAACCCAUGAGCAGUUUAUCUGCCAGCUUAGAGAACCAGCUGGAAGCGUUCUUGGAUGGCACUUUACCCUCGGCCAACGAAAUUACUCCACUACAAAGCAGCAGUGACGACAGGGAGCCCUUCUCUCUGAUCGAGGACCUCCAGAACGAUCUGCUGAGUCACUCGAGCGUGCUGGACCACUCACACUCCCCCAUGGAGACUUCCGAGGCCCAGUUUGCUGCCAGCACCCCAUGUCUGUCACUUGACCUUUCGGACUCAAACUUGGACAACAUGGAGUGGCUGGACAUUACCAUGCCUAACACGUCAGGACUCACUCCCCUCAGCACGCCCGCUCCCAGCAUGUUCUCCGCUGACUUUCUAGAUCCACAGGACCUGCCCUUGCCGUGGGACUAACAUCAGAUUGUCCUUCGAGUCCAUGACGUUUAAGAAGAUGAAGAUCAUUCUCAAAGGUCAGAUUUUAGAGACAGAUCCAUAGUUGCAUUGUUGCAAUUACAAUAUGUUGUCACGGAAAGAAGGGAUAGAUGGUCACAGCCUGGAAACCGAGUGUGAAAACAUUUCACUGCACUGAGCAGUGAAUUUCUACAACUUAACAUAGCACAGGGCCUUCUGAAAAACCACUGGUCAAAGAAGACUCACCUGUUUCUCCAGACUUGGGCAAAGAAUGAAUAAAGACAGAAGAGGGACGUGUGCAGGAGCGUGACACGAGGAUGCUCCGGUCAUCAACUGAACUACACUUACGCCUCUGCGGUCACCUUAAGACGCCACCUACAAGGCAGACAGCUGCACUCCCUACAGAGUGCCCGUGGCGGGAGGUGAGCGGCCCCUGCAUGCGGUGUGUCCUAGAACAGGCCGGAGCCGGGCCCCAGGCGGCAGAGGCCGUGGAGGGCGCCCGCCCGCCCGUUCCCAGACAGCUUGCAGCUGCAGACUUCUGCCUCCGUUCGGAAACCAACAUCGUUUUCCUGUGUCGUAGUCUGUGAUUUGGGGAAUCUUACCGUAGCUUCCCACAUUUAAAUUGAAGUGGAAGAUCUUUCACUGUCACCUGAUGUCUCCAAAAUACUGUCCUAAGCCAUCCACUGUACAAAGUCCACGUAUACUGGUAACACUGAAAAUUCUAUUAGCGAUCCUCGGGGUUGAUUAGAUGGAUUUUAAUGUGUAUAUUAGACAUUUGUAUGUACACUCUGACAUUGUGGUAUGUACAGCCUACAUUGGGGUAAGGAAUUGGGUAUCCAGUGGUCCUACUUGUUUUAGUAACUCAACUAUUUCUAGAGUACUUGAGCCAUGUGUAUUUCCAUAUUUAAAGAAAUGCCGACUGAUUUCAGGUAACCAGACCCAUCUCAAAGAACCAAGGAAGGCUUUAGUGUAAAAUACCCUUCUGAGCUGUUGAGUUGCAAAGAGAGGGCAGAGGAGAAGUGUGCCAGGAGCCCCGAAUGUUCCUUGCAGGGGCUCCGGGUGAGAAUCUCAGCGGGCUGGCUGCCGGGCCCCAGCUCUGGCCGCCUCUUCUCAGCCGUUUUCCCAGACGGUCAUUUUUCAGGCUUGUAACUGGAUGAUAUACCCGAGCUCUCACUAGA